UAUGGAAAUAAUUAUAAACCAUUACCAGCAUGAGUUAGAAACUGAAUUUAAAACAAUUCAUUUUCUCUCAGACAGUCCAAGCAGCCAGUAUCGAAAUAAAAAAAUGUUCUUUUACCUACAGCAAGUCUUACCAAAAUUAUUUCCACAAAUCCAACAUAUUUCUUGGAACUAUUCAGAGGCAGGACAUGGAAAGGGAGCUCCAGAUGGUAUUGGUGCAACCAUUAAAAGAACUGCAGAUCAACUCAUAACAUUUAACCAUGACAUAAAUAACUUUGAUGUCUUUGUGAAAUGUAUUCAAGAAAACAUCAGCAAUAUACAUAUCAAAUGUCUUAAUGAAAAUAAUAUUGAAAAAUUUGAUGCUUUUCUGCCUCCACUACUAAAACCAUAUAAAGGGACAAUGCAAACACAUCAAGUAACUUGGAAUCACAUUACUCGAGAGCUGAGUUUUAGAACUUUAAGCUGCUUUAAAUGCAGCUUUGAGAAUUGUAUUCAUUAUGCGAUUGAAAAUAAAGUAGCGCCGCUACAGUCUUCAUAUUUAAGUGAGGAAAAUGACAAUGGAAGAGCCACUGCUCGGCCUACAGGAAUAGAAGAAUUUAGUGAAGAUACCUGGGUUACAGCUAUUUUUGAUAAUGAUUGGUAUCCAGGAAUCAUUGAAAAAAUUGAUCGAAACAUUAUGACUGUUAACUUUAUGAUGAAAAAUGGUAAAAGUUUUUUCUGGCCAGAUAUCGCUGAUCGUCAAACUGUGACUACUAGAAAUGGAAUCUUAUGUCAGCUAGUGCAUCCACCUGAACCAGUUUCCAAUAGAUUCUACAAAAUACAAGAAUAUGACUAUAUUGAUAAUUUAUUUAAAUCUUCAGUUUAGAUGUUGUAUG